AUGAAGGAAAAUGGAUUACUCAAUGAAAUCAAGAAGAUUUUAGUGCCGGGUGCCAGCUGGACGGAGAUUUUUGCUCGAUUAGAUGAGAUAAAGCCGUCAAAAAAUGAGAAAGAAAUCGAGAAAGUGCAAAUAUAUUCUGGAGUGAUUACUGGACCGGAUGUUCAUUUCUUCUCUCGACGUCCGAGUCAUGACAAUUUCCCCAUCUACAAGUGUCCGAAGUGCAAACGUUUUCUGAAGAAAGAAGCCGUUGCUAUACAUAUGCGAAGAAGACAUUCAACAGUCAAUGGAGCGAUUCAUGUAACUUCAACUUCAUCCGCUUGUUCGGCUUCUCCAUCAACUUCAAAUCACUCCGAUCAUCCAUCCUCUUCUUCACCAACCGAUAACUCGAAUUCAUCGGAUAUUCUUGAACAAGAGUCAUUGCUGAAGUUGAAAGUUCGACUGCAAGGACAGAAGCAAAAGCGAGCCGCUCGGAGCAGAGAGACGAGUUUCACGGACUCCCAGCCACCAGCCUCAUCAUCAGCUAUUGUAGAGCCACCAGUUGUCCUCCCACCUCGUCCCCCAUCACCCCCAACAAUCCCUCGACCAACUUCUUCAACUACCACAACUACUCAAUCUUCUUCAGUUCCACCUCCCCCACAAGAAAGUCGAUCGCCAAGAACCGCUAAAAUGCUUGGCUGUUAUCUGAUUGCGUCGACUUCGUCAAGUCGCGCGAAAUCUCGAUCACCGGUUCCAAUACGAGUAAAACCAUUACCUGUGCCAAAUCUCGAACAGAGAGAUCCUGUGAGAAGCAAGAAAAUGGAGAAAUUCAUUAGAAGAACCAGAAACUCUAGUAUGCGAUCUUUGCUUGAUAUUGAAGAAGUGGAGUUGAUCAAGGAACCGAGGAGACAUUUCCGGAUUGAGCCGAAAAUCGAUUCAUUAGACGAAAUGAUUGAAAGAAAAUCGCCGACAUUCAAAAUGAAUCAAAUAAAUCAAGAACAAUCUGAGAAAUUCCCGAUGAGAAAUCGUUUCUUUGAUAGACCGUCGAUCGCUGAGAAAGUUGAGAAAGCGAGUCGAAUGCCUGAGAUUCCGCAACAAUGUCAAUUGGAGAUGCAGAAAUCGUCGAUGAGUCGAAACAGCUCCCCAAUGCAUUCAGUCGAUUUGGGUCCAGUGGUAAAAAGACGACGAGAAAUGAGUGAAGAUGAGAUGAUCGACGUGACAACCAAUUCACCAAUCAAUGAGCAUUUUGUGGAGAAACCCAUGGAAAUUGUGACGGUCGAUGAUGAUGAAGAGGAAGAGGGGAAUAGAGGAAAUGAGGGAAAUGAAGAUGAUGAUGAUGGAGAGAAUAGAAGGCCACAAUCAUCACAGGGUAUGAAGGGACAGCCAUCUCUGAUACCGACACCAGCAAUACCAGCUCAAGAGUCAGUCCCACCAGCACAACAACAACCAUCACACACUUUUCGAUCAAAAGCUGAACUCAAAGAGAUUCCGAAGAAAGAGAAGAAAGAGACGUCAAGUGUUUCCACGUCGAGAGUCAUCACCGCUAUAUCACCGAAUUUUGAUGAUGGAAACUCGAUGGACAGUAAUCACACUGAGCCAAUGUAUUCAGAGCGAACAUGUGAGGAAAGACGCGAGGGAUCGGCUCCAAUCCUUGAAAAACCAGAAAAUGAGGAAAAAGAAGAGGCAACAUCGUCGUCGGGACCAGCUGAUGAUGUCGAUGAUGGGCCACCAGUGCUCUUCCCACAAAUCGAUGCCUAUGCUCUUGAGGAUGAGAUGGUGGAUUUGGCUGACUUGGAUGGGAUUGAACUUACUCCGUUCGAUGCCCCGUCUACUUCAUCAACCACUCAACACUCCCGUCCACUUCCCAAAAUUCUCCCUCAACCUCUUCAUCAAUCACCGCUUCAAACGUUUCACACUUUUUCGCAACCAUCGACAUCAUUUCAAUUGGUUCAUCCGGGCAUCCAGCAUGCAUCUCAUCUCUCGCAAACCGGGCAAUCUCCACAAUUACUCGCUCGUCCAAUGACCGCUCAUCCACAGCUUCCAUCUUCUUCCACCAACACUCCCCAACAACCGCAAGUCCCGCUCAUCACUGCUGCACCUGGUGGCCAACCCAGAAAAUUAUACUUCCAACAGCCGCAAUUACCGAGAUCAACAGCCGUUGUUUUGGUUCAUCCACCAUCAUCCAUUUAUUCGCAACAACAAUUUCAAGUUGUUGGAAGAGAGCAGGAGUGGGCGAAUGCUGGUUUACCGUCCAAUGGAAUGGCUCCAAUUGCGCAGGCUGCUGUUGCUUCGUCGUUGCAGGGCCCAACUGCGUACCCAUACACAACGCGACCCACAGCAGCGGCUGCUCCAAUCGCUUUCACGGCUGAUAUUCGAGUGAUCGGCGCGGAUGGAACAGAAUAUCGAUACGCUUCACAACCGGUUCGACCACGAAUGACCAGCUACAUCGCUCUUCAAUCGCCACACUUGGUUCACCUACAACCAGGCCACUCAGCAGGUCCAUCUCAACUUGGUCAUACUCCACAUCUCAAUCAACCACAACUCAUUCAACCCGUUCAACAAAUAUUACAACCAACACCCCAACCUGCACCCAUUGAGCAAUCACCUUAUUUGUUUAUCCGAAGCCAUGACGCAUUCCCGCACCAAUACCCGGGCGAGGGAUGGGAGCCAGCUUUCGAGCCCCUCCAGCAAACAAUACCUAUUGAUAUUCGACCUCAACAAGUUUAUGCUGUUCAUAUGCCAACAUCUCGAAUCACCGAGACUUCUCGAAUUCGCUUCAACCUCGCGAAGAAGCUUGCCCUCUUUCGUACGCGAACACUAACGAAUUCGGAUUGGAUUGAAGCUUUAAAGGUGUGCCAAAAAUGGAUCGAACCAGCAGGCAACAACAUGAGCAAAUCAACAACUUUAUUAGCUUCACGAAUACUGACGAGUCAACGGCCAGGGUCGGCUGACUACUAUUAUCAAAACGUCACCAAUUUUCAAAAAAAUCCACAGAAGGUCAAUGCACGUCGGACCUCUGCUGCACGGGACUUGUUCAAGCGCUACGCAAACAAGCGAGAAGAUGGUCUUGGACCGGACAGGAUUGGACCAUGGGGAGUCAGCGAGCUGCUCAGUGAUCUUCGACUUGAGGCUACUGAUCGGCGAGUUCUGAUAUUGGCUUGGCUCAUGAAGGCAAAGACCCAAUGUGAGUUCAGCACUGAGGAGUGGAACAAUGGAUUCAAAGAUCUUGGAGUGAACACAAUCGACGAACUCCGAGGGACUCUGGAGAAUUGGGAGAAAGAGCUGGAAAACAAUCGAGCCAAGUUCCGAGAGCUCUACCAAUUCUCCUUCCUUUACGGAAAGCCAGAGCGACAACGAAACAUGGACUGUGAAAUCGCGAUCACCUAUUGGCAAAUUCUCUUCAAAGAUCGUUAUGUGCUCUUGGACAAAUGGGAAAGCUUCCUCCGAGAAAAGGAAAGCAAAGCUAUCACCAAAGAUGUUUGGAAUCUCGUUUUUGAAUUCUUCGAGAAGAUCAACCCAAAUCUUUCAAACUACGAUGAUGAUGGUGCAUGGCCAACGCUGCUGGACAAUUUUGUCGAGCACUUAAGGAAAGAACGCGCCGCUGGAGCCGCU